AACUUUUGGUCCUCCAUUUGUUUUCAUUUGACUAGACCAUGCCCCGGGGUGUGGUUCCUUUCUCAGCAACUUCUGUCGUCGGCCUUGUGGCCGCCGGCGUUCCUUUUCCUCCACGUUAUGCCCCUUCCUGUUUCUCCUACUCAUACUCUUUCAAAACCAUAGCCUCAAAUUAUUGGCGGAGGAGAAAUUCAGGGCUUAUGGAAGUAGAAUCAUCUAUCUCAUCCUUUGAUGCGCAGCGCCUUCUAUGCACCGCCUCUAGUUCCUCGAUGACGGCAGAUUCAGAGUUGUUGGUUAAGAUUGAAGAGAAGAAGCCAAAGCCUCAGCCUUGGCUUAUUGUUGGUCUUGGUAAUCCAGGGAAGAAGUACAACAGCACACGCCACAAUGUUGGUUUUUCCAUGAUAGAUGCUAUAGCUGAAGCUGAGGGGAUAUCCAUGAGCACCAUUGCACACAAAGCCCUGUUUGGAAAAGGAUUCAUUGGAGACGCGCCCCUAAUGCUGGCGAAACCUCAAACUUUUAUGAAUGCUAGUGGUCAGUCUGUUGGUGCAAUUGUUUCCUAUUACAAGGUUCCCUUGAAGCAAGUUCUUGUGGUGUUUGAUGACUUAGAUUUACCUUUCGCAAAAUUACGGUUAUUACCUAAAGGUGGACAUGGUGGACAUAAUGGCAUGAGGAGUAUUAUUGAUCACUUCAAAGGGAGUCGUGAUUUUCCACGCCUCAGAAUAGGAAUAGGAAGGCCGCCUGGGAAAAUGGAUCCUGUCAACUUUGUCCUUCGCCCAUUUAACAAGCACGAACAAGAAGAGCUGAAUUUCACAUUUGAAACUGGAAUUCGAGCAGUACGAACCCUUCUGUUGGAUGGUUUCGACAAAAGCGCAACAUAUGUCAACAGUGCCAAAUAUUUAGAACAGCUUGGCUGAAGUGUCUUUUUAGGUUUUGUGUAGUCCCUUUGAUAUCGGUGAGAAAUGGAUUUGAAAACAUGCGACAGAAAAUAAGGGUUCGAAUCUGUUUUAGGAAACAUUAUUUAUCAUUCUUUUUUGAAAGGGAACAUUACUUAUUAUUAUUAUUGUAAAAGUUAUAUAUUAUUAUUCUUAGAUUCAAUAAAAUUAUUUCUUUAAAACA